GGACCACCAGCGGGGGCAUAUCAAGGAGGGGGGCCACCAGCGGGGGCAUACAAAGGAGGGGGACCACCAGUAGGGGCAUACCAAGGAGGGGGGCCACCAGCAGGGGCAUACCAAGGAGGGGGGCUACCACCAGCCGGAGCUUAUCCCCCACAAGGUGGUGCAGCACCUCCUUCUGCUGGGUCCAUUCCAAAGUAUACUGGGGGGAUGCCAGAAAUGGCGCCUACAGCCCCACCCCUGGAGAAAAUGGACAGCAUAGGAGGGUACAAUAAUGUGGGAUUUAGUGCUAAUGUUCUUCCUCCACCAUCCUAUGAUGAAGUUACAGAACAGCAGACGCCAGAGGAGAGACAGGCCAUUGAAAAUGUCCUGACCAUUACAGAACAGGAUGCUAGGGAGGCCCUCUUGGGUUACGUGGCAGAACACUGCUGCUACGGUAAAGGGGCCGCAGAGGAUCUCAAGUUUACAGACCUCAACCCCACUAAUGCAUUACAUUAUACUCUGGAGUCCUAUGGAGAAGGUAGAUCCACCUGCUGGGCAUAUGAACCCUACUCAGGCCAGCCAAUAGAUGGACCACAGAAUGGGCCAGCUCCCGGGCCCUGGGACAUACAGGCCUCACCCCAGACAAUGUUUCAGAACUCGGAACAAACUUUUGAGGUGCCACACACUGCCUCUGUCAAACCCUGUCAUGACUGCAACGCUCUAGGCGUAGUCGUAUGUGGUCAGUGUUAUGGCCAAGGGAUGGUGAUGUGUUCCCUUUGCCAAGGACGCGGUCAUUUGUCUCGUUACCAUGAUGGCCAUCACAGUCAUGUUCGAUGUCAUCAUUGCCAUGGAUGUGGGAGUAUACAGUGUUCCUUUUGUUGUGGAGUUGGAAUGGUGAUGUGUAGAAAUUGUUCUGGCUUUAGAAACUUAAAGUGUUAUAUCAAGCUUACAGUCAAAUGGACAAACCACGUAAAUGAUCACAUUAUGGAACAUGCCCCUCUCCCUGAUCAUCUAAUAAGAAAUGUGUCAGGACAGACCGCUUUUGAGGAAACUAAGGUUAAGGUUUGGCCAAUCAAUCAAUUCCAUGAAAGAGAAAUUAACGAAGCCUCGGAACGUUUGAUCAGCGAUCAUCAGUUCCCCUCCGAACGAGUUCUGAUGCAGAGACACAAAGUAAGGAUAGUUCCCGUGACGCAGUGUAUGUACAAAUGGAAGAAUACAGAAUCGGACUUCAUUGUUUACGGAUUUGAACAGCACUGUUACGCACCCAACUACCCCCAGACCUGCUGCUGUGGAUGUUCUAUUCUGUAACCGGUCUCUCGGCAAUCAGACCAGGGGCAGAUUAUAUUCCAUUAUAUUCUAGAAUGUUUUUUUUACUUGUUUUAAGUUGUAGAGGACGUAUUUUAUCAGGGCUCCUGAAGCAUUUUUGUGACAGAUUUUCUUUCCAUUUCUCUGCACAAGAAAAAUGUAACCAUCGUGUGGAGACAAUUUGAUUUAAGUCGUAUUAUUUGAUCCACUUCAGAAAAAUACUUAUUUUGACAAGUGAGUUACCUGAGUGGAUUAAAAGACACAAUUUUUAUCAGAUUGGAUGUAGAUAUAGGUUGUUAUCAGAGGAAAAGCUGAAAUAUUAUAUUCAGGUUACAACAAAAAUCUAUGUUCCUCUAGCUCAUAUCUUUUAAAUGUUUUAUUUUAUGGUUGUGAAUUCAAGUGCAAUAUUAUACAAUUAUUGCUGUUUUUUGAGGUCAAUACAAUGAUUUAGCCACCUGAGGAGUACAAUAUUCACUGAGCCCGAAGGAAUAACCUGUUGUUUUAAUCUAUUUUUUUAGACAUUAUUUGAAAUUACAUUGGUGCUUUUAACAUAUCCAGUAAUGUGGAAAAAAAGUAGUUAUAACUCAUGUAGUUUUCCAUUUUAAGGAAUUAAUAUUUAGAAUUUCAAAAAUGUGUUAAAUGUACAACCUGGAGACCCGCGCAAACAAGAAAUACAUGUAUCAUCCUAUUUUAAAGAAAAUGUUGACAUGUAUAUAUCUACAUAUAUUCAUUAUACUACAAUACCAACCACUGUGAAUUUAAGGACUUCUGAUAUAAAUUUUAUAUAUUUACAUUGCUUAUAACUAUGUACAAGGAUCGCAACAUUUAGUUUUGAUUAUGAGGUCUGUUUAUACAUUACUUACAUGUACUCAUGUAUCUAUGUAUUGUUAAAGCAUGAAAGGUUGUUAUAUUGUUGUAUUAAUUUUUCUGUAUAAGAAAAAAGCAAUUUGAGUAUUCUUUUAAAUCCUGUAGCAUUUAUAUUUCAGAGUCAUUCUUUUCUCUCUUUAAUACAAGAGCAGUCAUUUCUUUACAGCACUAGUGGCAACUAGGUACAUGUAUAAUAUGAUUUUGUGAACGUCUAAGAAGUUGCUAAUUUGACAUUCUUAGUCUCUGUGUUGCCACAAUAUCUAUUCAAAGUAGAUGUCUUUUACUUAAUGUACCAUUACAACUAAGACACGAUCAUUGCUACCAAAUUGUGUGUGAUAAAUGUCUUGUUUUGGCCCAUAAUAAAGAACAAAGUUCGAGAAAGUUGUUUAAAUAGCCUUUAUAUUUUGUUUAUUAUUGACUGUGCUUGUUUAUACUUUUAAUUUUUAUAUUUCUUGAAACUAUUCAUGACUAUUAAAACUAUAUAAUA